CUAGACGAGGGCGCAAGUUGCUCUCUGUCCCCUAGACGAGGGCCGCAAGUUGUCUCCUCUGUCCCUAGACGAGGGCGCAAGUUGUCUCCUCUGUCCCCUAGACGAGGGCGCAAGUUGUCUCCUCUGUCCCCUAGACGAGGGCGCAAGUUGUCUCCUCUGUCCCCUAGACGAGGGCGCAAGUUGUCCCCUUCUCUGUCCCCUAGGAGAGGGCGCAAGUUGUCCCCUUCUCUGUCCCCUAGGAGAGGGCGCAAGUCCUCUCCUUUGUCCCCUAGGAGAGGCCGCAAGUCUCUGUCUAAAUCCCCUAGGAGAGGACGCAAACUGUCUCCAUCUCCCAGACGAGGGCGGCGGUCUGAGUCCAGGUCACAUGGCUGUGUCAGAAGGUCGAGGACCAGAACCCCCCCCCCUCGUCGAGGUAGGCGUCCGUGGUCCCGCUCGCCUGUGAGGCAGACUCGCCGUUCACGCUCCAGAUCUAGACGGCUCCAUCGCUCCCGGUCCAUGAGGAGAGGACGGCAUUCCCAGAGCAGCUCCCCGUCUCGCAGAAAGAGGUCCCCCCCAAGGACACGACGGUCCCGGUCUCCGGUCAGGAGAGGCAGGCGAACUCGUUCCCGCUCCGUCGUGAUCCUGAAGAGGAACAGGAAAGGCUCACGGUCCAAAUCCCCACGGGGCAAGGACAACAAGUCCCGCUCCCGGAGCCGCAGGAUAUCCAGGUCACCAGUCAAGAAAAUACGUUCUAGAUCACCGAAGCGGAGCAGGACAAAGUCCAGAUCCCCAGGACGCAGUAAACCAUCAACAUCACGAUCCCUAUCGCCGCMUAACCAGUCCAAGUCUCAUCCUAAAUCCAAAUCCCAGAAAAUAAACAAGCGUUCAAUGUCAAAAUCACCCAUCAGCGACAAAUCCAAGUCUGUCUCAAGCGACAGGCAAUCUGAGAGCGUAUCCCCAGAACGCUCAAGAUCCAGGUCUACUGCCAAGGACCUAAAGUCUCCAAAAAUGGCUGACGAGCAUACUGCAGACACGACUGUGAAUAAUGAAGCGUCGACUAAGCCUGUUGGGGAAGCUGUAGCUGCAGCAGAGCCCUGGAAGCCCUUCACUUUGGCUGCUGCCUCCAGAUCUACCACACAGGGUAAGCCAGUGGCUGGGCAUGCUGAAGAGAGAACCUCUGAGAUUCCAUCUGAAGACCAUGACUCCGCAGAAGAAGAGCCAAAGGUGGCAAGAAGCCCAACAAGCUCCUCUGAAGAAGAGCCAGAUGAGCAUGCUACCUCCAGGUCUGUUUCACCAGAGACUGUUCCUGCUGAUCGCCGCUCCAGGUCCUCACCUUCUAAAUCUCCCAUUAAGAAGACAUUUUCAAAACAACGGCAGUCCUCAACGUCAGCGUCUCCUACUAGGAAGUCCCGAUCACCUGCCGGUAGGAAGAUGUCCACCUCUCCCUCAUGGAGGUGCUCCCGGUCCAAGUCCAUCUCUCCCUCUCAGUCCAAGUCUGCCUCCAGAAGGAGACGUUCCAAGUCCKCAGCCAGGAAAAGGAAGUCUGUCUCCCCGCCUACCAAACGGAAGAAGAGGUCUAAAUCCAGAAGUCCAGCCCGGCGCAGGAGAUCACGGUCUAAGUCACCGGUACGGCGCAGGAAGUCACGUUCCAAGUCCAGAACCAGGACCAAGCGCUCGAAGUCCCGCUCCCCGGCCAGAAGGAAGAGGUCCAAGUCCGCAGACAGGAGCAAACGCUCCAAGUCUCGCUCUCCAGGCCGGAGGAGAAGGUCCCGCUCCGGGUCGCGGCGGCGUCGGCCCGUCAUGCGGAAUCGCUCGUUUGACCGACGCGACCGAUGGAAACGGGAACCAAGCCACUCCCCAAUCCUCAUCCUCCGCAAGCGCCGUUCCACAUCUCGAGGCCGCCGCAGUGCCAGCAAGACCCCUCCUCGUCUCACUGAGCUGGACAAAGACCAGCUCCUGGAGAUAGCGAAGGCCAAUGCAGCAGCCAUGUGUGCUAAAGCAGGUGUGCCCAUCCCAGAGAGUCUGAGACCCAAGGCCAUCCUCCAGCUGCCCCUGCCCAACCCAGCCCCAACUCCCCUGAAUCUGCCACUUCCCCUGCCGUUGCCUCUCAACAUGCCCGGCAUGGGCAUGCCCAAUAUGCCCAACAUGAACAUGCACAUGCCCAACAUGCACAUGCCCAACAUGCACAUGCCCAACAUGCACAUGCCCAACAUGCACAUGCCCAACAUGAACAUGCCCAACAUGAACAUGCCCAACAUGAACAUGCCCAACAUGAAUAUGAAUAUGCCCAAUAUGAAUAUGAAUAUGCCCAAUAUGAAUAUGCCUAAUAUGGGCAAUAUGUCCAAUAUGGCCAUGAGUGCUGCCAUGGCCAGUAUGAAAGCUGCCACCAUGACUGCAGCCCUCACCAACAUGGCCCAGAUGUCAAACAUGCCCCAGAUGGCCCCCCUCCCCACUAUCACCAACAAGCCCCAGAUGGCCCCCCUCCCCACCAUCACCAACAAGCCCCCUCCUAGCCAGGCUCCCCAAACAACCCUUCCCCCCCUCAACCUGGACCACAUAGAGGAGGUGAAGAGGAAGGUGACUCAGCAGGCCAACAUCUACAGCAUCAAGGAGCUCACUGAGAAAUGUAAGAUGAUAGCGGCGAGUAAAGAGGAGAUGGCCAUAGCGAAGCCACACGUGUCUGAUGACGAAGAUGAGGACAGGAAGCCACGCGGCAAGAGCUUCCUCAGUUAACUUUUAUUUGGGGCGGAUCACAUGAGGCGAAAGGCUCCCCAUGGAAUCAUCACCGGGCGGACAGAAGUGCGGGUUGUUGUGGUUACAGAGAAGGAACACCGUCAGAUACUGCCAGCCCCUUUUCCCUGGACAAUCAUUCCCCCCCCAGCCCCUCCCAUCAGUGCUCUAGUUGUCUGGGUUUCCACAUGCUUCCAAAGCCACGGUCGGAUUCCAAAGCUACAAAGUAAAAAUUGGCUAUAUAAAUUAGCUUUUUGGUCUUCAUUUAGGAUUAGGCAUAAUGUUAAGGUUAGGAGUAUGUUUCAAAUCAAAUUUGAAGAAGAAAUUGUACAAAUGGGUGGGGUUUAGCCAUAAUUAUGACUUUGUGGCUAUGGAAGCUAGUGACGACCCAUUGGACAGAUUGGAGUGUACAGUGUGGUUACUCCUAGCUUCUACACGUUGGUCAGACAGCUGUCUGGACAAUGACUGAAGAUAAAUGAAAGAAGGAACACACUUUCAAAGUUUUGUCGACCCUUUCUAAUGUUAAACUUUUUGUGUUUAGUUUUUGUGUUCAGUGAUUAAAUUACCAGCUCACGGUUCCUUUAGUGACAUUUUAACCUGUGAGUGAACUGCUAGGACUACCCUUGGUGCGCACACACACAGAUGUCAGUAAUAUGAUGGUCAGCUGUUUUUGUAGUGAUGGGCAGACUGACCAGGUGUCUCCAUUGAGAAGACAAACUGAUCAGGGCUUUGGAGGAUCCACUCUUAAUGUUUUGUCACUUCUAGUAUUUCUCUAUGGUGUUUUUCUGUUAAAUACCUGAUGUAAUCUUUAGCUAUUUUAAUGACUUAAAAUACAUUUUAGGAUUUCCUUGGUCAGUAGGGUAUUAUUUGGCUGGCUUUGUACAUAAUGUAUUGAUGAUUAUUAAAGGAAACCAGAAAAUUA